CGCGCGUUUGAGUUAAUCAAAAGGAGAAACCACGGUAUCGAAAAUAAGUCUUAGGGAACGUAAAUUUUGACCUUUAGGAAAGAGAUCGUAAGCUUUCAAAAUGACCAUCUACAAGACGGUUCCUGGCGAGAAGAAGCCAGAUGAUACUCAGCCGAUGACUGAGGUCUCCCUGGACACAUUGCCUACAGAAAAAGGAAAACCAGAAGGCAAAGGCCUCCCAGUUCCUGUCGUUACCUCUAAUCGGCGUAGAAAGAAUAAUUGUUGUCUUAACCUCUGCGUGUGUGUCACUGCGCUGAUAGUGCUGGCAGGCGGAAUUCUUGGCGGGAUUUUCCUGUACAAACACAUCACACACAAAAAUCGCUAUGUUGGAUGGUGCGGUGUGGGCAUGUACGACGACGACCUGCAGCCCAAGAACGGUAAGCCGCAGUUCCUGAAGGAGAAGGUUGACAUUGACCUUGACAAGCAGACAGAGAAGAUCCAGGUGCCUCAGAUUGGAGGCGUCGAGGAUGUGAUUGUCCUGCAUGAUUUUGAAGUGAAUCUGACAGCCAUAGUUGAUGUAAAUGAAGAGCGUUGUUUCGUUCUUCCCCUGGAUCGCAGCGUGGUGUCCCCACCCAGUGACUUCCUGGAUCUCAUGCUGAAGUACAUGAAUGGUGCCUAUACCCCCAAUGUGCGCAAGAUCCGCCGUGAGUACCAGGUCCAGUACCCCAAACUGGAGGACCUCAGUCGCCUUGGGUGGUACAUACAGAACCAGUGCUUCUCUUAUGACACAUACCGCCUAGUGGCUUCUGGUGAGACCCAGACCCAUCGCCCCCUGUUGGGAGGAGAUGAUGGACACAGACCCUCUUGGCUGGCCACUACAAAACGCCCCCUGUUGGGUGCACCUGACGGCCACCGCCCAGCAUGGCUAGGACACCAUCAUGACAGAGAUGGACACAGAAGACCACAUGGGCACGACAUGCAUGGAAUGCGCAACAAGAGAAGUUUCAAGAAAGACUUCAAGGUGGCCGUCAUUGAAGGCCCCAAGGCAGUGGUAGAAUACGCUUUUAAAUUUGAGUAAUCAAAGAGAGAGGUUAGAAUCAAGUACUACUAGAACUAUUUACUAACUCAUUUGCACAUUUCUAAGAGCUGACUACAAAAUAGGUAGAAGUGGUCUCAGCAACUUCAAGUCAUUCCUUAACAUUUUUAUGAUUUUUCGGUGAGGAUUGAUACAUGUAUUUUGAACAGAAAAAAAAGCACUGGCUUAAUUUUCCUUGGAAUUUUGCAAUUAUUGUUAAAAGAAUACAGAGACAAAAUAAUCCCAAGCACACGUUUGAUGAUAAUUUCUUCGAUUUUGUGCCACUUAGAUUGGAUCAAAGCUCUAGCCUCUUUGUGUAAAUGUCACUAUAUAUUUUAUUACAUCACUUGAUUCUGGUUGACUGUGAUAGGAUAGAAAAAAACUGUUGUUAUGGAGACUCUAUGGCCAUGGGGUCAUUGCUAUGGAAACUACAGGAUAGAAAAACUGUUGUUAUGGAGACGCUGUGGUCAUAGGGUCAUUGUUAUGGAAACCACAAGGUUGUUGGGCUGUUCCAAACAAUCAGAUAGAAGUGCAUUAUUUCUCUAAGAAGGUUCACAUUUUAUACUUUAGAGUGCUUUGUUUUCUGGAAUAGUUGGCAUAGCAGAUCACUUUUCACAUUUCCAAGGUUCACACUCGUGUUUUUGAAAAAAAAAAUUCAGAUUUUUUUUUUCUCCUCGAGAUCCAUUGUUUGCCCUAAAAAUGAUCAGGCCUUGAGUUUUUCAAAACAACUGAAUAUUUCCAUCUUAACAUGGGUGGGAGAGAGAGAGAGAGAGAGAGAGCAGGUCGUUCAAUAAAACCCUAGAUCAAAUAGAUUCAGUUCUUUACCUACACGACAUUCUUUUCUUGUUUUUAAAACAACGUUCAAGUGUUGAUGUCUCAAAUUUUAAGGCUGCUUGCCAGCUCAAUCUAAUGCACAGGGUGUCUACUUUCCCUCUUUGUGUACCAGUGAAAUAUGAAUUUGUAGGUCUGGCGAUGCCAUUUAAUUGUCAUUUUUAUUCAAAAUUUUAUUAAUUUGAACAACACCAGUUAAAUAUUGUCUUAACAGUGACCUUGUUAGUUUUUUUUAUCUAUAUAGCCAUAGCAUUUGAAAUAACAGUAAUUGUUCUCUUGAUUUAAGGACAUUUUCAUACUGUCUAAAGUCAUUAUUUUGGUAUGUGUGGUUUGUAAAUUAAAAGUAAUCAGUGACCUUGA